AUGGUGGCCAUGACUCAUGCCACCUUGCAUGAAUGCAAUACUGGUUUGAUCAUUGGAGGUGAUAUUGCUGGGUGGCACCCAGCCUCAGUUUUUUCCUUAUUCCAGUAUGAAAAGGUGUAUCUUGCACUGAAGAGAACACUAUCAAAACAUAAAAUACAAGAAAUCAGGAAUUCUGAGGAAAGAGAAGAUUUUGAAAAUCUGAUCACUCUUCAUGCAAAUGCAGCAGGAAUUCCAGUGAACAUUAUAAAGGAAUCUCUUGGUGAAGAUCUUUUCAAAAUAUGUUAUGAAGAAGAUGAACACAUUCUAGGGGUUGUUGGGGGAACCCUCAAAGACUUUCUGAACAGCUUCAGUACUCUUCUAAAGCAGAGUGGCCAUUGCCAAGAAGCAGAGAAAAAAGGGAGGCUGGAGGAAGUAUCCAUACUAUGCUUGGAAAAGGACCCAGAUUUCUUAAACGUCUACUAUUUCUUCCCGAAGAAAACCACAAGUCUCAUCCUAUCUGGCGUUAUUAAAGCAGCAGCUCAUAUUUUAUAUGAAACAGAAGUGGAAGUGAUGCUGAUGCCCCCCUGCUUCUGCAAAGACAGCACUGAGUUCCUUAAUCAACCGUAUUUGUUGUAUUCAGUACAAAUCAAAAGUGCCAAACCGUCCUUAUCCCCUUGUAAACCACAGUCAUCUCUUGUGAUUCCUGCUUCUAUGUUCUGCAAGACUUUCCCAUUUCACUGCAUGUUUGACAAGGAUAUGGCUAUUCUACAAGUUGGCAAUGGUAUAAGAAGACUGUUAAACAGGAGAGAAUUUCAAGCAAAGCCAAACUUUGAGGAGUGCUUUGAAAUCCUGACUCCAAAAAUAAACUGCACAUUUAGUGGGAUCAUGACGAUGCUGAACAUGCAGUUUACUAUAAGAGUGAGAAGAGGAGAUAACAUUCUUAAGAAGUCAACUGGAGUAAUGGAUCUUAAAGGGCAAAUGAUCUACAUAUUUGAGUCCAGUGCUAUCUUGUUCUUGGGAUCCCCCUGUGUUGAUAGACUAGAAGAUUUUACAGGACGCGGCUUAUACCUUUCAGAUAUUCCAAUUCAUAAUGCAUUAAGGGAUGUUGUUUUAAUAGGAGAGCAAGCCAGAGCUCAAGAUGGACUGAAAAAAAGACUGGGGAAGCUCAAAGCUACCCUUGAACAGGCACACCAAGCCCUUGAAGAAGAGAAAAAGAAGACAGUAGAUCUUUUGUGCUCUAUUUUUCCCGAGGAGGUUGCACAACAGCUGUGGCAGGGACAAGUUGUUCAAGCCAAGAAAUUUAAUAAUGUCACAAUGCUUUUCUCUGACAUCGUAGGGUUCACUGCAAUCUGUUCCCAGUGUUCACCUAUGCAGGUUAUCACCAUGCUUAAUGAGCUCUACACUCGCUUUGAUUACCAGUGUGGAGAGCUGGAUGUCUACAAGGUAGAAACCAUUGGCGAUGCUUAUUGUGUUGCUGGAGGGUUACACAAAGAAAGUGACACCCAUGCUGUUCAGAUAGCAUUAAUGGCAUUGAAGAUGAUGGAACUGUCAGACGAAGUGAUGUCUCCACAUGGGGAACCCAUCAAGAUGCGGAUAGGCCUGCAUUCUGGAUCUGUCUUUGCUGGUGUUGUUGGUGUUCAAAUGCCACGAUAUUGUCUAUUUGGAAACAACGUAACACUUGCCAACAAGUUUGAGUCUUGCAGCGUGGCGAGGAAAAUAAACGUGAGCCCAACUACCUACAGGUUACUAAAAGAUUACCCAGGAUUUAUUUUUACUGCUCGUUCAAGAGAGGAACUUCCUCCGAAUUUUCCAAGUGAUAUUCCUGGGAUCUGUUACUUUCUUGAUGCCUAUCUUCAAGGAACCACUUCAAAGCCUUGGUUUCAAAAGAGCAGUGGUGAAGAUGGAAAAACAAAUUUCUUGGGGACACCAAAUGUAGAUUAGAUUGUGAAUCCUUGCUUUUUUAAAAGGAAAAAUAGAUGAGUUAAUAUUUUGUGUUUUGUAUAAACUGAAAAUGAAAAAAACAAACAUGACAGCACUUUAGCUUGGUAACACAUUAAAGCCAGUAUUAAAAUGUUAAAAAGCACAUCACAUACUUUAAAUUUUUAUUUUUUUGUACAAACUAUAUUCACUGAACUACAUAUCAACCUCUGUUUGAAAUGCUUUUUCAAAGCCACCAUUCCCUAUAUCAGUUUACAAAAGUUGUACAACUUCCAUUUAGGUUCUGAGUAUUCAAACGAUUGAACAUACAGAGUGCCAAACAUAUAAUACUUUAGAUUUUAAUGCAAGCUAUAAGUUGCACUGUUCUUGGGUAAACAGCUGAGUUCUCAGAAGAAGAAAUAGCCAACAAAUGGCUUCUCUUUUCUAUCAAUGCACUACAUUGACAAGCAAGUUUGAGAAGAGUUCCCAUUUUCCCAGAAGUGCAGAGAUUAUGAAGAGUGAGCAUGUCUUUUAUAUAUCUCCAGCCUCCCUUGACUUCAGGGACAGCUUCCAGAGGAAGCUUUUAACAUUUUAGCAAGAAGAAUCAAGCAACUGCCACAAGAGCAACAUAACAUGUAGCUUGGCUCUUCGUGUAGAAGUGUUGUACAUUCUGUCCUGUAAGUCAGCUGAAUGUCAAUUGCUACUUAUGAUUUUAUAACAAAAAAUUAUUGCUGGCAUGCCCUGUCUAUUGAGAGUUUGGAAGAUUGCCCAUCAAUAGCUACAGAGAGCUGGAGGAAUUAUCCAUGCCAUUUCUCCCUUAGCAGCUAAGAAGCAAUGUUGCUGUAUUUUGUGUUGCACUAUUGAAACUGGGAUGUGGAACAGGGAGCACCAUGUGCCUACUUGAAAUUAUGUAUUUGUAUAGUUUAGAACCAAUCUUGGCUGUCCUCAAAUUCAUUGAAGCAGGAUGUGCUUCUCAUAAGGCCCUAGUAAGCAUCAGCUUUGAGUCAGCAGGUUUCCAUCCAUUCAGACAUAGCUGUCUCCAACAUAGGGAAAAGCUUUGCUUGGAACGUCAAAAUAUUUCCUAAUUGUCCUCCCUUGGUACCCAUUUUGAGGUGAUGUCUACUAUACUUCAACAGGCCAAAAGUGCUUGUAGGCUCUGUGGAAAUUGGGACCACUGGUUUAGUGUCAGUUAACCGAGUUAUGUCCAGGGAUUUCUCCCCACUUGGUUCAAGUCAGGGAAUAAAGUUAAAAGCUGUUGUCUUCCCCAUCUUCUUAAGGUCACAAAUGUUCCUUCAUAGCUGCAUAACUUCGUGCAAUGAUUCUUUCCCUUUCCUGUAUGUUAAAAGAACUGUCUGCUAAUUCCUUUGCAUGCUCUGUUUUUCUCAUUUUUCUGUGUGAAAUGCAACUAUGAAAUGUGCUAUUAUGCUAUGUAGCACAUUGUAGUGGCACAAGUCCUAUGUCAAGUCCAAACUGUCAUAUAGAUUGUUCUACUCAGAGCAGGAAGGAGUAAGGUAACCUAAACAUUCCUUUAAAAAUGGGGAUAAACUGUAUCCCUGUGCUCUUGCAUCAUUUAGGCAUAGUUCUCACCAGUAUUACCCAUUUCCUGGAAAAAAACAUAUUAAUGAGAUGUCAAGUAACUAAAUAUUUCACUUAGUAUGACUGUCAGCUGUUUCCAAUGCUAGUAUGAAGAAUAUGGCACAUUGCUUCCUGAACUUCCUUAAUUGUGUAUACAUUAAAUAUUAUAUAUAACUGUGUAAUAUAUUGUAUAACCAAAUGUAAUCCAACAACAUUUUAAUUCUUGAAAUCAUGAAUUUUAUUUCAACAUAGGGCAGAAAUCUCCCCUACAAUGUAUUAUAGCAAUAAAUGUUUUAUUUUUGGUUGCUAUUUAAUUUUAAGUGUUUAGGUUAAACAGUAUAAAGUGUUUCACAGUAUCAACUAUUUCUAAGCAUAUUUCAUAAAAUUUGGUACAGAAGCAUACAAGAAAAUGAGGUUCAAAUGAAAUUAUAUAUGGGUUUCAGAUGUGCGAAUGUGUUUUCAUAUAUGACGUAUUCAAUAAAAGGAAAUGUGCUAGAGUGAUACAUGGCAUAUUUUGAAUAACAAAUGUGAAGAGGUCUUGUCAUAGUAAAUAAAAUAAUAUCAGCUUGGACAAGGUGAUCUGAUCCAACCUCUAACUUAAUAAGACUUUGUUGACCCUAUGAGAGGAGCUUGGGUAUCGCUGUGGAGGCUUCAGUAGUUAUAAGAAGAGUUUGGAUUUUUACCCUGCUUUUCUGUCCUGUAAGGAGUCUCAAAGCAGCUUACAAACUCCUUCCCUUGGUCUUCCCACAACGGACACCUUGUGAGGUAGGUGGGGUUGAAAAAGUUCAGACAGAACUGUGACUAGCCCAAGGUCACCAGCAGACUUCAUGUUUAGGGCCAGGGAAUCAGACCUACUUCUCCAGAUUAAGGUCCAUUGUUGUUAACCACUACACCACAUUGGCUCUCUUAACCACACUGAUUAGACUGUGUUAAACCCAGGCAUGCUGUGAUCCUGUAAAAGCAUUUGUUCAUUAAGAUCCAAAUAUUUAAAUUAUCCAAUAAAAUGAGCUGGAUUCUGACAUGUAAAUGGACAGAGCUUGUAGAAGCAGAUCCUGUUUUCCCUUUCUCAUAGCAGCUCUUCUCCACUGUGGCCUCAAAAUGAUGCACUAGGACUUUUGAGACCCUUCGAAACAGAAUUUACCACAGCAUAGGGGGCUGCAGUGAAGAGGGGAAAUUGGACAAAAUCAUUUCCCUUUGCUGUUUCAAAGUAGCUUGGCAAGCUGUGUUUCCCAACAAGAGAUGGCAACCCUAUCACACACCCAAGCUUUCUUCUGUUAAUUGUAGUAAAGUUGAUGACACUACAAAAUCACCAUUUCUUACCAAGUCAGUAAUUGAUAUAAGAAUCACUUUUUGGCUUCUGCCAUCCAGUAGUAUUAUUACUUUCAAGAUUUUAGUUAUGUGUACCUGCAUUAGGGAUAUAUGAUUGCUUGCAAGUAUAGUGGGACAUUCUCAUACAUCUUGAAGUAUCACAUGAAUUGCCCCAUCCAGUGUAUUUGUAAAUACCAUUUUGUCAUUAGACAAAGUUUGGCUUAUUAGUAAGGUGGACUGUUCAUACAGUUUUAGGGUUCUAGCUAAAAUAACCCCCUUUUUAUCUUCUGUAAUUUUAUUUAUUGGGAAUAAAACAGAACUUGUCCAGAGAGAUCUACCUAGCAAGCUACGGUGGUAUGGGUCCUGCAUAUUCAUUCCACUAGCAGAGCUGUUUUCAUCCAGCAAUAGAAAGCUUCUCCUUAUACAAGGCUUUUGCUAGUGAAAUGGAUUUUUGGGAUCCAGCACCACAAAUUCUUAUGGAGGACUGCAAAAUUCUAUUUUCUAUUUCUAUUUAUUUACAUUCAUUACCUCCUCUUUACCAUUGACUUAGCGCAUGUAAUUGUUCAGUGACUGUCUACUGCUGUAUGUCAUCUGCUGCUUAGUUCAUUUUCUGUGGUAUAAAAUAAUACUUAAAAUAAUACUUAAAACAUUAAAAGUUGUUAGUGACAUUAUUGUUAA